AUGGCCAACAGCCUUGAAACGGUGAAGGACAACUGGAACAAGUUCGCGGCGCGCUUCACGGAGACGGCAAACAAGCGCAUGACGCUGCAGUGCUCGCAGCAUCUGCACACGCAUAUGCAGCUCGAUCAGGCUCGCAGAGGUCGCCGCGGGACGUUCACGGUCACAGACCUAUCGCCUGUGAUGGUCGAUCUAGCCGGAAAUAACUUGAGUGGUGCCGGCACAGAUACCGUAGACAUUAAGUGCAAAGAAGCCAACGGCCAAGAUCUGACUGAUGUAGCCACUGCCUCGGUCGACCGAUAUAUCGCCAGUCUGUGUCUGCAGCUCGCUCCGGGUCCGGAUGAUCUGCUCCGUGAGGCGAGUCGCGUGUUGACUGCUGAUGGUAUUGCGGGCUUCACAAUUUGGGGGUCUCCGGAGCGCAGCGGUAUGUUUACUAUUACCGCUGCUGCCAAUAAGGAGAUGGGCUUUGAGGAAAAUGCAGGCGAGCACACAAAUUUCGCCAUGGGCAAAGAUCUCCCAGCGCUGCGCCAGCGGUUUGCCGCGGCUGGGUUCAAGUACGUGCAGAUUUGGCCGUACCAGUGCGUGGUGGAGCUGUGGAGCGGUGAGGACUUCGCUACGUUUCACCAGGAAGUUUACCCCCUCGAGGACGACGAGCUUAAGGCCAAAAGAUUUGCGAUUGUCAAGCGUCUGGCCGAUGAGUGGCUCGCUAAAGGCACCCCGAUCGGUCUGGAGACCUACAUCGUCCUGGCCAGAAAGUAG